AUGCUAAUAAAAGUCACUUCUGCUAUUUUUAACAGGAUUAGAAUUUGUAAUAUCAGAAUGUCUAGUAAUUUAAAUAGCACGGAAGCUAUUUCCAGUAAAAUGGAAAAGUUUAGCAUUAAUAGCCCAAAGGACCAGACUAAUUUUAUACUCCAAAUAGUGGAAGAUGAUAUCAAAUCAGGAAAACAUAAGGAAAUUGUGACACGUUUCCCACCAGAACCAAACGGAUUUUUGCACAUUGGACAUGCAAAGUCUAUUUGUUUAAAUUUUGAACUACCAAAAAAGUUCGGUGGAAGAACUCACCUAAGAUUUGACGAUACAAACCCAAUGAGCGAAGAAGUAAUGUACAUCGAGUCGAUAAAAAAUGAUGUAAAAUGGCUUGGUUAUGAUUGGGGAGAACAUUUAUACUAUGCAUCAAAUUACUUUGAUAAACUGUACGAGUGGGCGUUGGUGUUGAUAAGAAAAGGACUAGCAUAUGUAGAUGACCAGUCAGUAGAAGAAAUAAGAGAAUCCAGAGGCUCAUUAACAGUACCAGGAACAGACUCACCAUAUAGAAAUAGAACAGUUGAGGAGAACUUGGAGCUGUUUGAAAAGAUGAAAAAUGGAGAAUUCCCAGAUGGAAAAUGCGUUUUAAGAGCGAAAAUUGAUAUGAAAUCAAGUAAUAUGAAUAUGAGAGACCCAAUUAUGUACCGUAUAAUUAGGACUGAACACCCAAAUACAGGCAAUAAAUGGAUUAUAUAUCCAAUGUACGACUUUGUACACGGACAAUCUGACAGCAUUGAAUGUAUAACUCAUUCGAUUUGUACCACUGAGUUUGAGUUACACAGGCCACUGUAUGACUGGUUUCAGGAACAACUGGGAAUUCUCAAAACAAGACAAAUUGAGUUUGCAAGGCUUAAUCUUUCAUAUUGCGUUAUGAGUAAAAGGCUCUUGUUACACUUGGUGAAUAGUAAAAUUGUUUCCGGGUGGGAUGACCCGAGAAUGCCAACAAUUUCAGGCCUUAGAAGAAGAGGAUGCACUCCGGAGUCAAUUAGGAACUUUUGUAACAAGAUUGGAGUAGCUAAAAGGGAAAAUAUGAUCCAAAUUGAGCUCCUGGAAAACUGCAUCAGAGAGGAUUUGAACAAGGUUUCGACCAGAUUUUUCGCAGUUCUUGAUCCUCUUUUGGUUGAAAUUGAAAAUGUGGACGAGUCAUUUAGUGAAACAGUUGAAGUUCCAUGCAAUAACCCAAAUUAUAACCGGAAGUUAACAUUUUCAAAGCGGAUUUAUGUUGAUCGGAAAGACUUUUCAGAGUCACCUUCAGCAGAUUUUUACCGAUUGUACGAAGGAAAUGAAGUCAGACUUUUUUAUACUUAUUGGAUCAAAUGCGUCAAGGUAGUGAAGAAUGGAGAAGUUGUGGAGAAAUUAGUGUGUGAAUAUGAUCCAAAGACGAAGGGUGGGAAACUGGAAGAUAAAAGUAGGAAAGUAAAGGCGACAAUACACUGGCUAGGAUCAAAUGACUGGUCGGCUGCGACCUUUAGAUGGUAUUCAAGGCUGUUUACAAAGCCUGACCCAAAGGAAGGAACUGAAGGUGAAUUCGGGUGGUUAGAAAAUGUUAAUAAGGAAUCACUUAAAGUAUACAAAGGAAUGGUUGAAAAGACUGCAACGCUACUGAAGGUUGGAGAACCGAUUCAAUUUGAGAGGACGGGGUAUUUUACGAAGGAUCCAGACAGUACAGAUAAUGAACAUAUUUUUAACUUAACGAUAUCACUUGUGGAUUCCUUUGCUAUUUUUUAUAACACUUUGGUGUUAUUCGCAUGGUUGUACGUAGAAGCCUUAAUGGCUUACCACCUGUACAGCCAAACUAGAAAAGGCUUAAAAUUUGACUUCGGACUACUACACAAAGUUGAUAUGUGGAACUUUGUAGGCUAUGCAGUCAAAACCGCAACUCUUCUAAACUCACUUAAUAUUUUAUACUUUUUAGACCGUAAAUCUUCCAAAAGUUUAUUUUUAUCUGAGCUGUACCAUCAUUUAAAGGGCUUUCUGAUGUAUUAUGUAACUUUCAAGCUAUUAAAGGGGCACGAUAACUAUCGCUGGGCAACUGUAAACUUAUCAAUUUGGACUCUUUUGAAUUUAAUGGAGACUCUCACCAGGUACAAUUCCUUUACAGAGAACAAGAAUGAGUUCCUAGAAUGGAUUUACUACAAGCUGUUCAUGUUUCUCUAUCCUCUCCAAUCAGUUUCUGAGGUUUUACUUCUCAAUUCAUCUUUAAAAUUUCUUAAGCACACCGACAGGUUCAAAACAUUCCCUUCGCCCAUGCCUAAUCGUUACAACUUUAGCUUUAAUCUUCAGAUUUUAUACAAAUUGCUACCGCUCCCGAUGUCCCUAACUUCCACCGUUGUAUACUUCAAGAAAUUCAAAUAUAACUAA